CUUCGAAUAGCCAACUCGUCUCCUUACAUCCAAGUAUAAAAAGGCUGUAGGCUCUAGUAUUACCUAAAAUGGCUACAACUUCUUCCUCCAAGCAAAUGGAGGUCAACCCUCGAGGUAUCCCAAGAGCACCUUUUGUUGACAAUGUCGAUGAGUAUGUGGGCGGAAAGGAUGCGGAAGUCCAAACUACUAUCAAGAAGUUUGAGGAAACCACCGCAAAAUACCGAUACAUGGAAAUCUCCUUGCAACAACGCCGAAAAGCUCUUCUCGGCAAGAUUCCCGACAUUACGCAAACCCUUCAGGUAGUCAAGUACCUACACCAGCGCCGUCAGAAGACUCUCGGGCAACCUGUAGAAGAGGAAAAGCUCAGCGACGAUGAAGAUGACCUCGAUGAUCUCGAUGAUGAGGAGGCAAAAAAGGAGGAACAGCCUAUGAAGACUCUUUUUGAGCUCAACGAUACAUUAUAUGCGGAAGCAGAGAUUGUCGAAACUGGAGAAGUGGGGUUAUGGCUCGGGGCCAACACAAUGUUGAUGUACCCUCUGGAAGAAGCAAUCGAUUUACUUUCAAGCAAGCUCGCAGCCGCUCAAAAAUCCCAGGACGAAACUAUAGAGGAUCUUGAAUGGCUAAGGGAACAGAUCACUGUGAUGGAAGUCAACUUCGCGAGGGUACACAACUGGGAUGUUAAGAGACGGAGAGAAAAGGGACAGAUCGGUCAGCAAUCCGGUCUUCUUCCUUCUCGCAAGGGCAAUGACAAAGACGACUCUGAAGACGAACGGGACUAAGCUGUGCUGAAUUACUAUGGGAAAUCUACGGGCGAUUAUUGUACUAAAUGCUGCUGUAUAAUAUAAGUAUAAUCUCUUACGACACGAUUACCAUUCUCUACGGAGAAUCAACAUAGGUAAAUUUACACGAAAAUGCACUGAGCUCCUACUGCAGGUUUUUGGUUAACUCGGUCAAUUGUUUUCGAAUGUUUUAUCGGUUAUCAACCAGUUGGGACUUGAUUUGCUGCUUUGUCGACCCAGUCUAAUCGAAAUCGUCACUGCUGAUUGCUCUAUCUCAUAAGUUCAAUCUCAUAAGUAAUGACUUCACCAUCUUUGACAGCUCUUCGACAUUCGCCAUAGCGAUCCCUUUCGCAAUAAUGUGUUCUGCGAUAGUAAUCUUUGCAUCUCUAACGAUUCUCGCCUUUGCUCCCGGUUUCCCCUUGUGCUUUCCCUUGUUGAUCAUCCUGUGGGGCGCUUUACCGACAUCCGAAGGCUGAUCCACGGGUUUGAUCUGGGUAGCUGCUGGGUUAAGAGAUGACGACGGCGGUUCUGUGAGACCAGAAGAUACUGCUGUUAAUGGUACAGGGUUCCGGUGAGUCACGGGUGCAGAAAAGGAUAUGUAAUGGGACCUACUAAGUGGUGGAGGGGGUGAAAAUGUGUGACGCCCAAAAGUAUGGCCGUUAAUAGUACCGCCAGCGGUCAGAUGAUGACUGGGAAAGGUGGAGUAAAAUGAAGGGUGUGCCGCAUGAGGAAGCGGAUGGUGAAAGAUAUAUGGAAACGAGAAAGAGAAAGUGGGGUCGUAUGGGCGGAGGUAGGAGCACCCAUAGAUAGAGGGGAUUGUGCAGGAUGUAGGGAUUGGAAAAAGGGUGAUCGAGGAUUGUCAGUAGAUCCGCCAGAAUCUGACUGAGCAGGUAUAGGGUGACGUGACUCUUCCUGCAAUCCCAUACUGGCUUUAGGACCUUCUGACGGACUGCUUCUCCUUUCGGAGAACCGGAAGAUAUUAGGUUCCUUCUUUUGUUGGUGACUCUCUUCUUUAUUCAUUUUGCUUUUUCUUGGCCAGUCAGUGGCAAGCGAGGGUAAUGAUUAAGUGGAAAACGAAUGUGAGUUUUGGUUUAAUUAUUAUAAUGAUUAUACGACGUCAAUAGAGGAAGACACGAGGAGUACUACUACUACACUGCUCCUUCUUAGGUCGACGCAACGAUGUCCUUCCGAAUCAGUGUCCCCCUUCUUUGGGCUUGGCCUAAGAUAUGGGACCUUGGAACUAUCGAUCAAUCAACACCGUUCCUGCUUCCGACCACAGUUUCGGACUGCAGCUCUUGAUAUCCUGCGAUCUGCAGCCUCCAGCACCGUCCACCAAUAUUCCUCCUCUGCAUAUAUGCAAUUUGUGAACAUAUAUCUGGAUCACCCUCGGAGGUUUUCAAGAAGAACACUAAUUAACUGACAAACGAGAUGAUGUCUCUACCACUGUAUAUCAUUGUUGUAAAGCGUAGUUUGAUAGAAACGCGGGUAUAUAGCAUCUCCUAAUCACACACUAGUAGGGAACUAGAAAGCCCAAAGGCAGAAAGAUGAUAAAAGAAAACUACACUUUUGAUGAAUCCAACACAUUCAACAACGACCUUCGAACUGCUGCUUCUUCAAGUCUAUCGC